UGAAUACACCCUGUUGGUGCUAAAAAUUCUUUUUAAAGCAGGUCCUUUGCAAUUAAGUGAGAAAUAAUUCCUUAUGCGCAGUAUUACAUUUGUCUAAAAUCAUUUAUUGUUUUAGAGCUUUAAUAAUCAAGUAAUAGAUUUGGCAGCGAAAUUUUUCAGAUAUAAAAAAGUGCGGUAUGGCAUUAUAUUUACAUUUAUAAAAUUCAUAUUUUAGACCAUUUGGAUGCAUGGGUGCUUUAUUUCGGCGUCAGUUUUUACAAGAGAUGGUAAAGAAUUUACCUGCACCGAUACAAAAUAGGGUAGUUGCACUUAAAAAUAUACAACUUGAACACCUUAAACUAGAAGCUGAGUUCUUUGAAGAAGUGUAUAAACUAGAACGAAAAUACCAGGAAAAAUAUCAGCCACUAUUUGACAAAAGGAAAGAUAUUGUUACAGGUCAAGUAGAGCCUUCAGAACAAAAUCCUCAAUGGAAAUCUGACGAUUUGGAGGACUCUGAAACAUCACCUGAAUUUCAAGAUAUGAUUAAAAAAAUAAGGGAAAUACCCGAGGAUACAAAAGGAAUUCCAAACUUCUGGUAUACGAUAUUUCGCAAUACUGAGUUAUUGGGUGAUAUGGUACAAGAACACGAUGAACCUGUUCUAAAGAAACUAACGGAUAUCAAAAUUAAAUAUGAUGAUGAGCAUUCCUACACCUUGGAAUUUUAUUUUGAUAAAAAUGAGUACUUUUCAAAUGAAGUUCUUACCAAACAAUAUUUUUUAAAAGCUAUGGUCGAUGAAGACAAUCCAUUCGGUUUUGAAGGACCAGAAAUUUAUAAGUGCAAAGGUUGUAAUAUCAACUGGGAAAAGAAAAUGAAUCUUACCAUAAAAACAAUCAGAAAAAAACAAAAGCAUAAGGAGCGCGGAACAGUCCGUAAUAUAGUGAAACAAGUACCCAAUGACUCAUUUUUCAAUUUCUUCAACCCACCCGAUGUUCCAGAAGAUAAAGAUGAAAUGGAUGAAGAAACUCAAGGGAUUUUGGCAACAGACUUUGAAAUAGGCCACUUCUUAAGAGCUAGAAUAAUUCCAAAAGCAAUUCUUUAUUACACCGG